AUGAAGAAUUUUUUUAAGGCUAUUGGAUUAUGGUCUACUAUUGAUGAAGAAUUUGAGGAACCCCUAGAAGGCAUAACGUUGAUGGGUGAUGCAGCUAUGCAAUUGGAGAAGAAGAAACUUUUAGAUUAUAAGGCACACUACUAUCUCGUCAUUAAGGUCGAAUUGCAUGUAUCUAAGAGAUAUUUGCAUGCAAAGUCAUCAAAGGAGGCUUGGACAAUCUUGGUGAAGUCAUAUCAAAAAGUUGCUAACAUAAAGAAAGAGAAACUGCAAGAGUUUAGGAGUCAAUUUGAGUUAACUCGUAUGAGACCAACAGAGUCUAUCAAAGAAAUUUUUACAAGAAUUGAAGAAAUAGUCAAUGGUCUAAGGGCCAAUGGAGAAGUAUUGGAAAAAGUUAAAUUUGUUGAAAAAAUAUUGCAGUCUCUAAGUUUAAAGUUUAACAACAAAAAAAUUAUUCUUGAAGCUACCAAAGAUCUUAGCACUCUCAGACUUGAUGAUUUACAAGUGGGAUUGGUGACAUGCGAGAGAUCAUUGAAUCAACAGAAAGAUGAGACAAUGGAGGAUGCAUUGCAAUAA